GAAUGACUAUUGUGCCCCAGCAUUUUUUCCGCAAGUACUACUUCCUGUGUCCCUCUGGAUAAAAUCUUCAGCGCUAGAAACUGAGAAACCAUUCGGAAGAGAAGCCGAGGCAGAGAUAGUAAAGGGAAGCCUCUGUUGUUAAGGCACACAUAUCAGCUAGAUUGUAUAGUGAAGUUGAAAUUGAUGAGAAAGAUUGUAUGGCGUAUUUGUGUGUUGGUGAAGGUGGAAUUGCUGUAAGCAUGGAGUGGGUGGCAUGAUUGAAGCCAUUUGCUGCUGCACCCAACUUUGGUUGAUUUUUAAUGAACAAAGAUGGAAGCUUUUCUUGCUGCAAAGACUUGCCCCACUGUAAUCUCCAAGAGAAUGCAGAAUUUCUUGAAACCUGACAAUGAGUAUAAACUGCAAUUAAGGAGUCAUGUUGUGCUAUCCUCUCAAGAAGCUCCAUCAAGUCGCCGACAUAUCAUAGUGUGCACUGGUGCUUCAUUGGUUACCACACUUACCUUCAACUAUGGCUUAACACCAUCGAUUGUUUGGGCUGAAGAAAAGUCAAAUGGCCAAGAGGAAGAUGAUGCAGGAAUUGUUGGGGCUGUCAAAUCAUUAUUUGAUCCUAAUGAGAAGACAAAGUCUGGUAAAGUGUUGCCGAAGGCUUACUUGAAGUCAGCGAGAGAGGUUCUGAAGACACUGCGCGAAUCCUUAAAAGAAGACCCCAAGGAUAUUGCUAAGUUUAGACGCACUGCAGAUGCAGCAAAGGAGUCCAUUCGAGAGUAUUUGAGCAGCUGGAGGGGGCAACAGACUGUGGUUCAAGAGGAAUCAUAUGUUGUGUUAGAGAAAGCUAUUAGAUCAUUGGCCAGCUUCUACUCGAAGGCAGGCCCAUCUGCCCCACUUCCAGAAGAGGUUAAGUCUGAGAUAUUAAAUGACCUGAACACAGCUGAAGGGUUUUUGUAACACACGAGCGUUUUGCAGCAAGAUGUAUAUCUACCAAAUCAAGUUUAUCUGGCCAAGUUUUGGAUUGGAUCCAGACUGUUAUCUUUUAUGUAUUUAUCCAUUGUUCAAUUAAAGUUAUGCCCUUGUUAAAAAUAAAUAAAAUUGAAGUUAUGCCCAUUUGAUAUUACUUGGUCCUUUGACUGAGGUCGUUUUUGCUGCUUGCCAUUAAGUGGAAUUUUCUUUA